AUGGAUGACAGAUCUCCUCAAAUCCGAUCCCGCCAUCGUAGAUGGAUUGGUUUUCAUGACGAAGAUGAUUUGCCAAACUCCCCCAAGGUGAGUGGAAGGGUUAAUUUGUCUGACCCUGAUAAGGUUGAUGACCUUGGGGAUGUGGGCAAUUGGAUAGAUAACUUUUCUGGGGUCAAUGUGAUCAAAGUUCAGGCUGUUAGUACUUUGGCUUCCAUGUUCCUCCCUGGUUUAACUGUGAAGCCUAAGAGGUCUUGGAAGAGAUGGGCUAGGGAAAAUGUCCUCGGUGCCUCAGGCUCGAUUGGAGAAGAGCCUUUUGCCAAAGUGGCAAAGAUAAAUCCCAAGAAGAAGGCUCCUCAUACCCCCAAACCAUCUGUUGAGGUUAAGAGGAUCAAGGAUCCUCUUAUUGAGCUCCAGAAGACUCUUGCAUAG